AGAGUAAAAUCAGAAGUUCCUCCACCAGUACCACAGGAGGCUAUUGUUAACCACUAAACAAAACAAGACCAAUCCAUUCAAUUCAUCUUCACAAUCCACCCUACCCAAAGAAACUAGUGCUCUCCAUAAAUCAAUGGCUACAACCAAGCUUCUAUUAUCAUUCCCUGUCUUGCAAUUGCCACAGCAACUGCUCCCCACCACCACCAAAAUCAACCCUUCCUUCCAUUUCCAGCCCUCUCAUACUUCAAAAGGUUUCUCCCCACUCCGCUCCUUGGCCAACGAUUUCUUGGGGGAUUUUGGUGCCAGAGACCCUUUCCCAGCUGAAGUGGAAAGUAAAUUCGGAGAUAAAGUUCUAGGUAGUUACAACACGGAACACAAAAUCCUCAUCCCCAAUAUCUCUGCUCUUUCUCUUUCUCAACAGGAGUGUCUUCCCAUUUCACCUUUACAGUCUCCUCUUUCCAUUGAGGAUGCUAACCAGCUUAUAAGAAAGGUUUUGGGUUGGAGACUUGUGAACGAUGAAGGGGUGCUUAAACUUCGAUGCUUGUGGAAAUUGAGAGAUUUUAAAUGCGGAGUUGAACUCAUUAACAGAAUCUCUAAUGUUGUAGAGACCGCAGGCCAUUUCCCUAAUAUCCACAUAGAACAACCAAAUCUAGUCAGAGCAGAACUAUGGACAACAUCCAUUGGUGGAUUAAGUAUGAAUGAUUUCAUUGUAGCUGCAAAGAUAGAUGCAAUAAAGACAUCAGAUCUUGUCCCAAGGAAAAGAGCUUGGGCUUAAUGCUCCAUGAGCUACAUAAAACAUUUUGCUAUGAACGUUUCUUGAACACAAAGUUUUCACUAAUUUGUGUUAUUUGAUGAAAUCUUUUAUUCCUUGCUCUCUUUUUUUAAAGUCUGUAUACACAUGUUAGAUGCUUUUUCAUUUUUCUGUUUGGUAACUGUGAUUUUGAGUUUGAGGGUUCGUGUUCAACUAAGAAUUAAACAUUAGUACCCCCUCCCAAAUUUAUAAGAUGUUUUAUAGAGACAAUUUAUUCUAAAUUAUAAGUCAUUUUAUAAUUUUAAUAAAAUAUUAAUGUUUAUUUUC